UAAAUAAAUGCUUUAGGUCACGUCGUCGAUUGUUUAAUUUAAUAUUUUAUUAAGUUUUCUGAUGGGUGAUACACAAUCGACCUCUAGAAAUAUCGAAAAAUAGUAAUUUCGAUUCCAACGAGUUGACAGGAGGGAAAUCUCCAGAUCACGCAGUGGAGAGAUAAGAAAAAUCCCUAGGCAGUGUCGCUUCCGCGAAAAAGUAGACACGCGAUGGAAAGCGUAAAUAUUUACAUCUCUUGAGUGUUCGUUUCGGCGCAUUUUUUUUUUAAUUUGUAUAAUCAUGAUAGACGGGAACAUCUCGAUGGAGGAGGACACGGAAUUGCGGGACCUGGUGGUACAGACCCUGGAGAGUAACGGCGUCCUCGCUAAGAUACGGGCGGAACUCAGGGCGAGCGUGUUUCUGGCACUCGAGGAACAGGAUUCUGUUAUGAAUCCUGAGCCACUUCUCAACAAAACUGUAAAGCAGUACCUGUCUAAUUCGGAAGGAAAAUUAUUGUUUUCCUUGGUUCGCGAGUUCCUAGAAUACUUUGGUCUUGAUUACACAAUAUCGGUGUAUGAUCCAGAAACGUACUUUGGAAAGGAAUAUAACUAUGUAGGGAGAAAUAAAUUGUGUGAGGAGUUAGGUAUCGAUUCAACCGAGCCAUUGCUGGGAGAGAUUCUCAAGAAUAGCAUCAAUGGUGCCUUCAAUAGUUCACAAAAGAAUAAAACUAGCAGCAGACACGACGAAACAGAUGAAGCCACAACAAAUUUCGCGAAUGCUACAUUCGAAGUGUCUGUUCCCAAAAUAAUCCACAAUGAAUCUGUAUCGUCGAACGAUAAUGAUUCCUCCGAAAAACUAGAGAGCAUUUCCGAGCAGAGUCCAAAAGUUCCAAUAAAUGUGACAAUAACGGACAAAAAAUGCAAAGAUCCGCCGACUGGCGCCGAUGUCGUGACGGACACGUCGGAUUACGAUAAGCAUCAAUCUUCUCUCAGGGAGAGUACAACGGAUACUGAUCGAAUUGAAGGUAACCGGAACAAUAAUGUAAAUUUUGAUAAGAGCACCGCGAAUCCACACGGCACCCGCACGGUGACGAGCGACGCGGCACGGGAGACUGAUAGUACCGUUACGUCUAAUCAAACCAGUCCAUUAAACAAAUCCGAGUCCUUAAUUAAGUUCGACGACUCUGUAGUGAUCGACACGCAAGCAAAUCAAAAUGAGGAUGUAACUAAGCAAAACAGUAUAAAUAGUUUGGAGCUAAGUAUAGAGAAUAAUGUACAAAGUAAAAAGCCAGUUAAUGCAGGAAGCAACUUUGGGAAAACGAUUUAUUUUGACGAGAUAAUCGUCGGCGGUGAACGGAAGAAUGUUAGUACAAUGAAUAAAGCUGAGCCUUUUUUGGAAGGUUUGCCGACCAUAAAUCAGAAAGCUAAUUCUAUAUUUAGCGAUUUGCCGCCAUUGAACGGUAAAAAGGCUAACAUUAACGAUCUAAAAGAAUUAAUGGACAUUGGGCUUGCUACAGACGGCAUAGAUAACUAUGAAGAAGACUUUGUGUCGUCUGCGUCGGGUAGCGCAAACGAGCAAAGUCCCACUAAGGAGCCGGACAAGGUAGACAGUCCUCUUAAAUUACGAACGAAGAAAGAGGAAAAGCCUCAAAGUGCCCGUACUGAAGAUUUGAGUGAGGAAAUCGAAGAGGUGGACGAGAUCUUGAGUAGUACCUCUUGCUUGCGUAAUAAAUUGGAAAAUUGGUUUCAAGAUCCAGCGAAAGAUCAGAAGUCGAGACAAAUGAUUCUUUGCAGAUUACAGCAAAUGGUAAAGGAAUCUCGUGAUGAGAGUCGUAAUUCAAAUGACCCAGAAAAUAAGAGACAAUCAUCCUCAAGUAGAAAUAUUGUAUCUUGUCAUACAAAUGUUUGCAACAAAGAUUUGUGCAAUGACUAUGUGUGUUACCGUUGUAAACAUUUUUUGGAAAUACCCCGUAAUUUGUCUCAGCCAUGCAGAAAUGGAGCAUCCAGCUUUCAAUGCAAGAACGAGUUGAAUUUAGUUCAGGCUAUUGUCUGGUUAAAGGCCUCGAUUGCAACUGCCUCUCAAAUACCACUUGAACAAUUGCAACAGCUAUUUAAUAGACUGUCGAUUGCACAUGAUGAACAUCAUUGUGAAGAUGAACCUACUGAUGCUGAACAAUUGAGAUCUCCUGUGGAGCUACCGACACAUAAUAGGAUAGCCCUUGAAGGAACGAGGGAUUCCGGCGAAGCGUUGAACUCUUCAAAUAUUUCCAUCGUGACGUACGAUACAUCUCAAAAUAAGCUCAGCGGUUCAUACACAGGGUCUGAAGUUACACAAAAUAAAUUUGUUAAUUUUGUGUCGACGAACAAUUUGAAUGAAUCGCCUAUUGUGUUAUCUUCAAUAAUUGAAGGAAUGGAUACGGAGUCAAACUUCAGUGAAAAUCUUGAGCAUACUAUCAAUAUAUCCUGUAGUAUACCUGAGCAUCAAAGCUUUGAUUAUAAAAAUAAUAAAGAAUAUUUGCCAAGAAAUGCCAGUAUCAAGCAGAUAAACGAGGAAAUAAUCGGGAAGAAACGUAGCUUCGAAAAAAGUCACACUGACGUUUCAAAUAAUCAUGUAUUUAAUUCACCACUGAGAAACCAAUCUGAUUUAUUUGACCUAAAAAGUAAUUUUAUUGGAGAAUGUAGAAUCUUAAUGAGAAGCCAAAGUAAUUCUGUCAAUGAGGUGUCACAAUCUAAUGGCAGUCCAAACAAUUUUAUUAUAACUCCAAAAAGUUUCUCUCAAGUGUCAAAUAAUCUUGGUGAUGAUCCCCUCCUACUUGAUGAUUUUAGUCCUUGGCAAGCAUGGAAUUGCACAGCCGGAAAUUCAAUCGAGGACAGCGCAUAUAGUACUUUACAUAUAAACAAUCAAUUUAAUUGCAAUACUAUAGUAGGAGAGGGACCCACUGCCGCUAAUAAACACAUACCGGAUACUGAACAAUCUUGCAAAAAGAAGACUAUGAAUAAGACACAAGAGGUCUUGCGUUUGACUAACGAGACAUUGACAUCCAAUGAUAGUCCGAAAAGUCUUAUCAUAACUCAAGAAGAUAUCUAUCAAAGGUCAUGCGUUCAUAAUGAUGAGAAUUCCAAAUUUAUCAGUAUUUGCGACGAGCAAAUAAGCGAUAUCAUAUCGGAAAUUUCGGAAAAUGAUGCUCCAGUGACCGCGCAGUUUAUAAAUUCGGAAAAUAGUAUUGCAAUGCCUUACGAAAAUCCAUUGGAAAUGGAAAACAACAAUGAAGACGAAAUGAUUUCUGCCGAUUGGUUGAACUUCACUCUGGAGUCGUUAUGUAUCGAUCGUGUAAUUCACACACCGAUCAAAGUGAUCAUCUCGACGCUCUGCGACAGGGGAACGGCGGAGGAGUAUUUAAUAAGAGAACGACAAAAAAAGAAGCGCAAUUGUUGGAAAGGUAGUUUGGAGGAACAAGCUGUAAAUGCAGUACUCAAUAUGUCUGAUAUUCUUACAACAGAGAAAAAGCCCAAUGUCUGUAUAGAAAUAAUUAUGAAGGAAAUAACGAAAACUUUGAACGGGAUGAUGGCACGGAGACAGUCGUAUAAAGUACAUAUUACUCAGACAUCUGUGUGGAUACAUUGUGUACACAUGAUUUUGGAGUUUUGUAAUUCAUUACCGAUAUGCGUCAAGGUGAUCGAUUAUUUGAUAACGAAAUUAGAAUCGUUUCGAUCUAUAUUGACCAAUGCAGAGAAAGAUCAGAAGAAGACCUUUGCCAUGAUAAAUCAAAUGCAUCUCGUAUUUUACAUGUUAAACAUCACUCUACAAAAAUAUCGUACAAUUAUACCAUGUGAUGAAAGAUCUCGAUUUGUGGAAAAAAUGGUACCACACGUCGCAGAUCUUUGGAAAAUGUGUUACAUUGACAAGGAGCUCGAACAUGCAGGUAUAGACCUGGAUGCCGCGGAGAAGCGAUGGUUAAAUGUUUUGGAAAAUAGUAUGGUAGUUUUUCCGAAGCAUUACGUGCAAUUUGCCGAAAAAUCGCUUUCACUAGUCCAUGUGCUAAUCUCACAAUCUAGCACAAGGGUAACAUAAUAUUUAACAAUCAAAUUGUAUACGAAUCGACGAAUAGAAUUAUGUUUAAAAUGUUUUAUUUUACAUUUAUAUAAAUGUAAAAAAAAAUAUUUACAUUUUUUUUCUAGUUAUAUUACAAUAUAAAAAACGCGGUUAUUUAACUUUAAAUAUAAAUAGCUACAGAAAAUGAUAAUAUAAUAAAUAUUAAAUUUUUGUUCCAAUUAGAAACGGAUUUAUUGUAAAUCGAUGAGUUAAAUUCUUUCUCCGACAAUUGAUCUUUCGUUUUUAUUAAGUUCUCAGUAGACCAGCCACAUAAAGAUCGCGAGUCCCGAGGUAUUAGAUCGAUAGUGGCGUUUAUUAAAGUCUGCAGUGGACAUAUGUCCGCGCAAUUUGGCAGCGAUAAAACAAUUAUUGUGUCGUCGAUGUCCGUAUAAUAAUUAAUCUGAAAUAAUUUCAAUACUGUUAAUUUUAGUAUUAUACAAUUUGAGUAUUCUUAGAUAAUGUACAUUUGAAACGAGUUAUCAAAAUUAAAAUAAAAUACUGUAAACGAUAAA